UAAAGCCCACAUGAACAUUCACACUGAAAAGAAGGCUUUCACCUGCCAACACUGUGGGAAGAGUUUCACUAGAAAGGGAACCCUUAAAGACCACAUGAACAUUCACACUGAAGAGAAGCCGUUCACCUGCCAACACUGUGGGAAGAGUUUCACUAGAAAAGGAAUCCUUAAAGCCCACAUGACCAUUCACACUGAAGAGAAGGCUUUCACCUGCCCUCAGUGUGGAAAGAGUUUCACUACGAAAGGAAUCCUUAAAGACCACAUGAUAAUUCACAGCAAAGAGAAACCGUUCACCUGCCCUCAGUGUGGAAACAGUUUCAAUCAAAAAGGAAGCUUUAACAGGCACAUGAUAAUUCACACUGGAGAGAAGCCUUACAUCUGCAAACUGUGUGGAAAGAGUUUCAGAUUUACAGGAAAUCUUCAGAUGCAUAUAAGAGUUCACACUGAAGAGAAGCCUUUCACCUGCCCUCAGUGUGGAAAGAGUUUCAGAUACAAAGGAAACUUCCAGAUGCAUAUAAGAGUUCACACUGGAGAGAAGCCUUACACGUGUCUUCAGUGUGAAAUGUGUUUCACGUAUAAAAAGGACCUGAAGCGUCAUUUGAAAACUCAUUCUGGAAUCGAGUGUUCCUCAAUCUGGCAAGAAGUUUAGAAAAAGAAGCAAUUUCAAUUUGUGCAUUCACCCUGGAAGAAGGAAAUUUAAGUCCCAAACCAUUGAAGAAAAAUGUCCAACUCUCUGUGUUUUCACUGUUAUACUG